CAUUUCGCCAGCCCUAUUUUGACACCCCCAAUAUGACUUUUGUGCUACCAACCCCUCUCUCAUUGUACCCUGAUUGACAUCUUUAUGGUAACAAAUUGAAUAAAGUAGAAAUCAAAAUACACAGGGCUUGUAUUUGGUUUAAAAUGAGUCUGUUGAUUUAGGAAUCCAUAGUGCAACUGCAAACUCUUAAGAUGUCUGAAUCUCAUUUUGAGGUUGUAUGAUAUCAUAGGAUUUGUCGGUAGUCGUAAUUUGCCAAUGUUAUUCAUACCCAAAAAACGUCAGAAACUGACAACUGACUGACUGAUGAAGAAGAACUGACUGUGCUUGUCCUUCUUUAAUCCUUGCCAGGAAAAAAAGAGCUGAUAUUGCAUUAAAAUGUCAUUGCUGUUUCUAGCUACUUGCAGACUGGCUUAGAUAAUUUUCAUCAGUAUUUCCGCAUUUUGUGGCUUGAGUUUCCAAGUGCAGUUUUAAGUAUUCUGUGGCGACUGCAGCUGCCGCAAAACCAUGGCGGUAUUUUCAUACCAUGGCCGCUACAGCCAAACCUAGGGCGACUGACUUUUUAGCUGCCACAAACCAAUGACGAGCCAUUCAGUUAACCAUGGAUGAGCUGCCGUUACCGCGGCAGCAAACUGAAAACCAAUGGCAGGUAAAAUUUUGCUGCCGUAAUCACGGCAGACCGUAAAGGCAGGGCCGUAAAGACAGGGCUGUCCCUUAUGGUGACAAAUAUUAGGCCAUAAGUUUUUUAAGUUUUGCGCAUAGCCUUUAUUAGUCCUGUGAUACAUAUAAGACAUUCUUUAUAUUCAACCAUGUCAUGGCUUUCUGGAACUGAAUAUAUAGACUCGCUUGUAAAAGACUACUUAAAGUUUCGAGGAUUCAACAGCACUGUCAAAGUGUUGGAGAGUGAUUUAAAAUCGGAUAAAGACAAAGGAUUUCGAGUAGAUAAAAUAUUACAGCAAUUGUUGCUGUAUAUCAGCACAUAUGACAUUGUUGCAUUGAAACAAUACUGGAAUCAUUUGAAUUCUACAUUUUUUUGUCGUUUUGUUAAAGGUUACGAAAAUACAAUUAAACGUUUUGAGACAAGCUUGUAUCGCCUGUAUGUUGUCCGUGCAUAUCAGAAUUCGAAACAAAGGGAGUUGCAAAUUUUUUUCCAGUGGAUGACCUCAGACUUUGAGGAUACCACAGAAUGGAAAGAUUGGUACAUUUUACCCUAUCUACAAUCUCCAGAAACCAAUCCCACUUUUGCUCCCUAUUUUACCAGACAGUGGGCAGAGACAUAUCUUGUAUCUCUACAUAAUUUACUAGCAUCUCUAUUCUCUUGCAUGCCAGUCCCAGAGCUUGUUAAUGCAUGCAUAGAUGAUGGCGAACGUAUUCUUAAAUUGGAAAAAGAAAACGAAAUGCUUAGACGGAAAGAAGUUAAUAAUGAAUUCAAUUUUAAAUCAUUGGAAGGUAUUGAUCCUCCUCGAUAUGUUGAAUCAAUGGGAAAUUUAGGCUCAUUGGCCAACCAGACUCAAGCUAGAAACCAGUCAAAGAAACGCCCAAUAUUUGAAUUCAAAACUAAAUACAGUACUGGAAACUCUUCUCCUAAAGACAUUGAAUACACUGAAAAGAAAAGUAAAAGCCAAGAAGAUAAAAUAAAUUAUGUUGCCAGUUUUGAUAAUACGUCAAUGACAUCAUCACCAAAAUUGUCAACGAGCAAGCUUGUUUCUCAGUCUUCCAAGGAGAAUAUUCUCACCAACAAAAUGACAAAGUUUGAAGAAGAAAGAAGAGCUCUUUUGGGCUCAAAGAAAAAGCGGGAUCCUAUAAUCUCAGGGACAACAACUACUGUGGCGAGUUCACAACCAUCCAUUGUACCAACAGAGGAAGCAAGUAUUGGUGCAGUAAUCUCAAUAGACAAGCAUCCGAAAAUUGGUAUUGAUGAACAACAGCAAAUCAGUGUUAGUCCAUCUAAUAAUGUUGAAAUAUCCUAUGAAAGCAAUAUCGUUCUGAAACAAACAUCAUUGGAAAAGGAGAUGAAGAAUAGUGGAUUUAGCAAUACCGCUGUUAAUGAUGUUGUAUCAUCGCACCAUUUUGUAAACAAUCUUCAUAAGCUUUCCCUUGGAGAACCUUCACAAACUGAGAAACGUAGCUUGGAUACUUCUAAUAUUUUAGGUAAUGAAAUACUGCCUUCAUCAAUACCUACAACCGCAAUUCAACCAUUCUUAUUACUUAGCAAAGAGGUUUUCUUAGAACAUCAUUCAAGUAUUCUACAAUGCAAAUUUGAUGAAAAUGGUACAACAGUAGGAAGCCUUGAUGCACAGGGAGUUGUUAAAGUAUGGAAAAACUCUCCCAGAAUCAGCACAUUGGCUUCGGUAAUGAUGAACAGUCCAAUUCGAUGUUUGGAAUGGUGUAAGAAACCUGUUGAUAUAUUGUUAUUAGGAACUGUGAAUGGUACUAUACGAUUGUUCGAUACAAUAAGAAGUGUAACUUGUGAAGAUGUUACAAUAGAGGAUUCCCAAAUCUAUAUUACUAAUCUUAGAUCUCACCCUUCUGGGACCUCAUUUAUCACGUCCUCUGCAGUGUCACCAGUGCCAGAACAAAGGCUUGGCAAUGGUAUAUUGACAGUUUGGGAUAUAAAAUCGAGCCGUGUUCGGAUGUCACACAGAAUUAUUAAAGAUCGCUUGAGUGAAAUUACAUGCAUAGAAUAUAAUCAUAACGGAAAUUUAUUGAUAGCUGGAGAUUCUAUUGGUAAUAUUGCUCUUUAUGAUAUGAAGACAUUUACUGUGAUUCAUUUAUGGAAUGCCCACCGAGGGAGAGUUUGUUCAUUGCAAUUUUCUCAUGAUGAAACUCUUGUGUAUAGUGUUGGUUCAGAUGCUUUAUUACUAGCUUGGAGUUUAAAUCAGUUUUCGAAUCAACCGACUAUAUUUCAUUUUGCUGAUCGUAAUAAGUUGAAUCAGAAAGACUCCUCGUUCGUUCUUGAUCCCGAGGGCAAAAAUCUUUUGAUGCCUCAAGGAGCCAAAGGUGUAAUAUAUAAAAUAGAAAAUGCCACAGAAACAUUAGCACCAGUUUUAACUCUACCUGAACAUAAAUCUCCUGUUACCGCUGUGGACUGGACUGCAACCAAUGCAUGUGGACACUGCUUGACAGGUUCAAGUGAUGGCAAAAUACAAAUGGCAACCCUGCUUGUACAAAAUUAAAAUUAUACUUGCUGGUCGUUCCAAAUCAUUAUUUUACACAUGAAAUAGAUUAUUAUUGAUCUUAAAAAAAUAUUGCGUCUCGUUUAAUUUUUUAAAUCAUGUUUGCAAUUAUUGAAAAAAUUUGUUAAUUUCUAUGAUUCCUCUUCUGAUGAUUUAAGUAUAUGACCCAGAACUAAUUUUGUGUCCGUACUUAUAGAUAAUUGCUUAAUAAGGAAAGUUAAGCAAAAUACCAAAUUUUUUUCUUGCAUUUUUUGCGUAUUGAAUGAAAACUCUUUUUGUCGUAGUUGCUGCUAUACUGUGUUAUCAUUAAUUUCUCUCACUCAGGGCAUUUCUUUAUUGCUCCACCUCAUCCAUUUUUGUACUUACAGCUUAAUCACAUGGUGUACCAUGGCCUCUCAUCCGGUUACAAGUCCAUGUUGGGUAGGGGAUUAGUUAGCCAGUCAUUUUGUUUUAGAUGCAUGGACUUUUGAUGGUGGAGGAAGCUGUAACCAACCAGUGGCAAAUUUAUUAUGAAGUUGUGAUAAAUGUGUAUUUGGUAUAUUGUCAUGGUAUUACUCGUGUAACUGUAAUCAACUUCUGUUGGCCAGCCGUAUUUAAACUAUUAUUCAGAUGUGCUUAAUAAUAACCAGACCUGGAGUCGAAGCCUGGGGCAGUGACAUUUUGAUGGAGCCUUAUCUGGAGCGCCCCAGUAACACCAGACGCCCUGUAAUAACAUCAAAUUUUUUCAGGUUUCCUAUUAGAUCAUUUCAGGUCACUUUUUAAUAGAUCUAAAGUAUUUUUUAUAUGAGAAAUAAUAUUCAAGUCAAUUCUACCUACCAAUGUUUUUCACAGUAGAUAUUUAUUUCAAAACAAGCUUGGUUUUCCAUAACUACGGUAUUUGACAGAUUUUGUUUCAGUCAUGAUAUUUGAAGCAUGCGUCUAUUCUAUCCUCACUAUCUUUUCUUCAGUCAUUUUUCACUAUGUGGAAUAUCAUUUUUAACAAUAAUAUAGUAGCCUAUUAACACUAUCUUAGGUCUACAUUUAUUGAUAUACAGAUAUCGCUAUUGAUUGGUAUCCUAUGCACACUUAUUUACUUGUGUUAUUGUCUCAUCACUGAUAUUUUUUUAGUAAAUUUACAGAUUUAUAAUAAGCUCUGUUGAGAUUUUCAA